UUUCAGUCUGACUCUUUGGCUACGCUGACACAUCGUCUGAGAAAGGACAAGCUACGUCUUCCGGACAAACUGUUGCUUCAGCUGCUGAGAUGUUCCUGUGCUGUUGGUUGGGUCUGGUGGCUCUCAUCCCCACAACCUUAAGCACCAAUCCUGGAGUAAAGGUCAGGCUGACAGAAAAGGGCAUUGAAUAUGGCAGGCAACUGGGCAUGGCUGUCAUCCAGCAGAAACUCAGAUCUAUUAAAAUUCCAGACUUUUCUGGGACAGAGACGGUGUCUCCGAUUGGAAAGGUUCAGUAUAGUUUGUCAAAUAUGCACAUAGUUAAUGUGGGCUUACCAAAGUCUUCAGUGGAUCUGGUGCCAGGGACUGGAGUCACACUGUCUAUAGGUGAUGCCUUCAUCAGUCUGAAUGGAAACUGGAGGGUCAAGUACCUGCGAAUAAUAAAGGACAGCGGGUCUUUUGAUUUGAAUGUGAAUGGUCUCAGUAUCGCUACGACCAUCUCCAUCAAGAGUGACGAGACAGGCCGACCAGCGGUCAGUACUGCCAGCUGCUCAGCCACUGUUGGAAGUGCAAAGGUCAAGUUUCAUGGUGGAGCAAGCUGGCUGUACAAUCUCUUCACAACGUUUAUUGAUAAGGCUCUGCGCAAUGCACUCCAGAAACAGAUCUGCCCCCUGGUGGCUGAUGCAGUAUCUGAUUUAAACCCUCAGCUGAAAACUCUCAAUGUCUUAGCCAAGGUGGACAAGUAUGCAGAGAUUGAAUAUUCCAUGGUAUCGUCACCGACUGUUUUAAAGUCCUCAAUAGAUCUGAGCUUGAAGGGGGAAUUUUACAACAUCGGGAAACAUCAGGAGCCUCCGUUCUCACCAGCGGCCUUUUACCUGCCACCCCAGAACAACAACAUGUUGUACAUCGGCAUGUCUGCCUUUACUGUCAACUCUGCAGCCUUCGUCUACAACAACGCUGGAGUCCUCAGCCUGUCCGUCACUGAUGACAUGAUACCAAAAAGCUCUCCAAUCCGACUCAACACCAAAACAUUUGGAGCCUUUAUCCCACAGAUUGCUAAGCAGUUCCCAGGUCUGAUGAUGAAGCUGCUGAUGAAGAUGGAGAAAAUCCCCACACUGACCUUUGAGCCCAACAACGCAACAGUCCAGGCCACCACCACAGUGACGGCCUUUGCCAUCCAAACCAACUCUACUCUGUCGCCUCUUUUUGUCCUGAACUUGGAGGCCAGCGUGAGUGCCCGUAUGUUUGUCAGUGAAAUGAAAUUGGCUGCAGCUGUCACCCUCAACAAAAUGGAUCUGACCCUGGCCAAAAGUUAUGUGGGAGACUUUCAGGUGGGACCACUGGAAAAUGUCUUUCAAGGGGUCCUCAAAUGGGUGGUGAUACCCACAGUUAAUGCCCAACUUGCUAAGGGAUACCCACUGCCCUCAAUUGGAAAGAUGAAGCUUAUGAACACCCAGCUUGAUGUGCUGAAGGACUACAUGCUGAUUGGGACAGAUGUUCAGUUCAGCUGAACUGCACUCCUGAAAACUCCCAGGAUUCUUUUCUGCAUUCUGGCAUUCCUCCAUGAAGACACAAUUACAGUCAGAGUACGAUAA